AUGGCGAGCUCCCGUGGCCGGUGGGCGAGCCCCGAGCGCACCGUCGUCUGGACCGAGCCGCCGCCCAAGACCACCUCCGCCACCACCAGGCGUCACGCUCACGCCCACGCCGCACCGCCCGCCAAGGUGCCCGUCGUCUACUACCUCUCGCGCAACGGCCAGCUCGACCACCCGCACUUCAUGGAGGUCCCCGUCUCCAACCCCCAGGACGGCCUCUGCCUCCGAGACGUGCUGGACCGGCUGACGGUGCUGCGGGGCGCCGGCAUGGCGGACGCCUACUCGUGGUCCUCCAAGCGGAGCUACAAGGCCGGCUACGUCUGGCACGACCUCACCGCCGACGACCCCGUGCACCCCGCCAGCGGCGCCGAGUACGUGCUCAAGGGCUCCGAGCUGCUCCCCCUCCUCCCCGCGCCGCCCUACCCGCGCGACGCCUCCGCCGGCUCCUCCUCGUCCUCCUCCACCUCCAGCUGCCAGGCCGGGAGCGAGAACAACAAGAAGAUGCCCGCAGUGGGCAUCAGCAGGGCGCACGGCCGGCGCAAGAACUGGAGCUCCUUCGACCUCGGGGAGUACCGGGUGGCCGCCGCGCGGGGCGGCGCCGGGGCGGACGCGGCCACGCAGACCGACGAGAGACGCGGCCGGCGCCGGGGCCCCGAGCCGACGACGGAGCUCGGCGCGGACGAGAUCUCGCCCCCGCCGUCGUCCAGCAGCCCGGACACGCUGGAGACGCUCAUCAACAACGACGUCCGCGUGGCCGCCGCAUCGAGCACCGUCGCCGCACGCCGGGGGGAGGAGGACGCGGGCCUGGCGCAGCAGGGAGUGAUCGCGGGCGGGCGGAUGCGCGCGUCGGCGGUGCUGAUGCAGCUCAUCUCCUGUGGCUCCAUCCCCGCGGCCCCCAAGCGCGAGACCGGCCCGGGCGGCGCGAGGUACACGGCGGAGCGCAGGCUGCCGCGCGGUCGGUCGGACCUGAGCAGCAGCACCGGCGGCGCAGACGGGUUCUCGGGCAGCAUUGGCGUCGGCGCAAGCAUGGAGCGGGAGUACUUCAGCGGCAGCCUGGUGGAGACCAAGAAGUCGGCGAGCGGCGACCGUGCCGGCCACGGCGGGGAGCUGGGCGCUCUGAAGCGCUCGUCUUCGUACAAUGCCGACAGGGGCAGAGAAUCUGCAAUGAUCACUGCUAGUACAACUACUGCCAGUGGUGGUUGCAAGAUGGAGCUUGCGGCGGAGGAGGUGGACGGCGUCCGCGCCCGCUGCAUCCCGGCCGGGAGGAAACCCAGCGGCGGCAGUAGCAGCAGCAAGAAGUCUCCGACCACCCACGUCCACGUUAGCAGUCGGCGCGGCGACCAACAGGAAACUACCGACCACGGACGGGCUGACUGA